AUGGGCCACGACGUGGUCGAAUACCACAGGCUGCACGAAUCUGGCCUUGAUGCAGCGCCGGGGAGGAUUGGCGAUCCCAGGCUGGCCUGCAGGUUGAGGUCGCGGGGCGGGGCGAGGGAGGCGGCCGCGGGGGCGUUCGAGUUCUGGUUCGCUUCCGAGGGGAACUUGGGGCGGUUCCGGGACGACCCAUGGAAGUACGCACCCAGGCUCGGAGGCUUCGGAGCCUGGGGAGUGGCACGGGGCAGCGGGCCCGGCUGGCCCUGGGGAGAGUGGCGCAGGGGGCCGCCCAGUCAGCCUUGGGACUCCUGGACUGUCCACAAUGGCUCCCUCUAUCUGCAUUUCUGCCCUGGGUUGCGUGACUUGUGGCUCACUGAUGUGGACGAAAACAUCAGGAUGGCUGAAAAAAGGUGGCAGGAGUGGUGGGGAUCCUUGAAUGCUGGCCCUUUCAACUUGGAAUGCUUCGAUGUCACUUGCUUGCAAGGCCUACAGGGCCAGCAAAAUCCAGGGGCCAUCCAACAAAGCGAGCCAAACUCUCCUGAAUUGGAAUGCACUACGGAUGGAUUUGCAUCAAGUUCUGGCACUUCGAUGAGAUCCACAGACGGAAUGACAGAUCUGGGCAGCAACGGCAAGGAAGUUGAAGCAGGAGAUGCUGUUGAUGUCAAAGGAAUUGAAGUUUUGAAGGGUUCCCAAUCUUCGGGAUGGGCAGCUGCUGAUAUGCACCGAUAUACCCAAUCAAAUCCGCAAGACAUCUCUUUCAGUUCUUCGGCACGGCUCCUGAAGAGCGUUGGAGGAGGUGGCCGCCCUCAGACUGUCGUUUCGCCACCCCAACAAGCACAGUCGUGCCUAACGAAUUCCUCUGUUGAGCCACCAAUGCCCACAUCCACAUUUGGGGGCAUCGUUCGGCCAGUGCUCAUGGGCUACGACAUGGUGGAGUUCAGGAACCUGGCUGACGGAGAGGAGGGCGUCCUGGGGAGGUGGGAGCACGUGUGCCACUUGGCGGCGUACAACGAAUCAAAAUCGCUGCAAGGGCGCCAGCUCAUUGGGGUGUACGAAUUCUGGUUCGCCAACGAGGCCAACAUGAAGGCGUUCGGGGCUGACCCAUGGAAGUUCGCGCCCAUGUGGGGUGGCUUCUGCAGCUGGGGGGUGGCGAACGAGAGACGCCCCUCAUGGCCGUGGGCGUCGUACCACCUGGGCCCGCCGGCGAAUCCGUGGAACGCAUGGACGAUCUACAAUGGCACCCUGUACUUCGACUACUGGCCGUCCAUUGCCAGGAAGUUCUUUGGCAAUGCGACAAGGAACUUGGAAAGGGCAGAGUCCAGGUGGCGGGAGUGGUUCGGGGGGCUGCGUGCGGGCCCGUUCAACACGGACUGCUUCACGCCCCUUUGCUUGGAUUGGCCUCAAGGCCCCCCACCAUGCCCACCAGGCGCGGAGUGUGGAGACUCCGGGGAUGUGCCAGAGGUGAGGUGCUUCACACGGAGCCGCACCAGUGAGCACACGGAGUCAAUGCAGAGGCUGUCUGCAGUGGGCGGGACGGCGCUGUAG